AUGGGGAGGGUGAAACUAAAGAUAAAGAGGUUGGAGAACACAAAUGGUCGACAAUCAACCUAUGCAAAAAGGAAAAAUGGAAUAAUGAAGAAAGCUAGUGAAUUAUCUAUAUUAUGUGAUAUAGAUAUUAUACUUCUCAUGUUUUCUCCAGGUGGAAAACCUUCAUUAUGCACCGGGAGACGCAGCAACUUUGAGGACGUAAUGACAAAGUUUUCUCAACUAACCUCACAAGAAAGGGCAAAGAGGAAAUUGGAGAGUCUUGAAGCACUAAAGAAAACAUUUAAGAAGUUAGAUCAUGACGUGGUUAUUCAAGACUUUUAUGGUACAAGUAGUCAAACUGUUGAGGAUUUGAGCGAUCAAGCUAAGGUAUUACAUAACCGUAUCUCCCAAAUACACGAGCGACUAAGACAUUGGAGUGACAUUGAGAAAAUUAGUGGUGUGGAUGAAUUGGGACAGAUGGAAAAUUCACUCAAAGAGUCUCUUAAUCAAAUUCAAACUCACAAGGAAAAUGUACAAAAACAACAACUAGCAUCACUUCAAUGCAAUAACCAGUUCAAUGAAUUGCAUGUUCCCUAUAAAAUGAGUGCUCAACAGCAAUUUCAAUCUCUACCAUGGAUGGUUAAUGGUGACAGUCAGAAUAUAGUACUUCCUGAAGAACCAAACUUGCUUCUCCACAAAGAUGUAGAGGGCUCAACAAGCUCAUCAUUUGGAAGCUAUGCAAGCUAUCUUGGCUCAAACACCAAACCAAACAUAUCCAAUUCCAGUCAAGAAAAUUGUGUUCUUAGUGACAUGAGCAACAAUCCUACAGCACCUCCUGUGAGAUUACCAUUUAAUGGACAGUUUUCAUACCUUCCAAACAAUUUCAACAUAAUGAAUGAUAUGAAGCUUCAACCAGCUACAACAGGGAUGAAUAAUAAUAAUCCACAUGAAAACCAAGUAGAUAAUUAUCAUGUCAAUGGAAACUUUGAAGCACCUAAACAAGGGUUUGAUCAAUCUAACCACCAUGGUUGGACUUCAAAUUCUGGUCCUUGUGCUGUUAAUAUCUUUGAUGAAAAUUUGUAUCCACAGCCAAAUUUUCCACAAGUGCAUUUUGGCUUCACAUAA